AAGCUUAGCCCGUGCAGACAAAAAGGAGCAAAUGCUCUACCAGAACCCAAGUGCUGAGCCUGUCACCUGUGUUCCACGAGCAGAAUCAGCCAUGUCUUCCCAGGCACACCCAGAUAUCCCUGCCCCACUGGCCAACUUGAAGAUCCAGCAUACCAAGAUCUUCAUAAACAAUGAAUGGCAUAAUUCAGUGAGUGGCAAAAAAUUUCCUGUCCUUAACCCUGCAACUGAGGAGGUGAUCUGCCAUGUGGAAGAAGGGGACAAGGCAGAUGUUGACAAAGCAGUGAAGGCUGCAAGACAGGCUUUCCAGAUCGGGUCCCCAUGGCGCACCAUGGAUGCUUCCGAGAGGGGCCGCCUCCUGAACAAGCUGGCUGACUUAAUUGAAAGAGAUCGUUUGCUGCUGGCUACAAUGGAGUCAUGUAAUGCUGGAAAACUCUUUUCCCAUGCGUACCUGAUGGACUUAGGAGGCUGCAUAAAAGGACUAAAGUACUGUGCUGGCUGGGCCGACAAGAUCCAUGGCCAAACAAUACCAAGUGAUGGAGACCUUUUUACUUUUACAAGACGGGAACCUAUUGGUGUGUGUGGCCAGAUCAUUCCUUGGAACUUCCCAUUGGUUAUGCUGAUUUGGAAGCUAGGCCCUGCUCUCAGCUGCGGAAACACUGUGAUCAUCAAGCCAGCAGAGCAAACUCCUCUCACUGCUCUUCACGUGGCAUCUUUAGUAGUAGAGGCAGGGUUUCCACCUGGUGUGGUGAACAUUAUCCCUGGUUAUGGGCCAACUGCUGGGGCAGCCAUCUCCUCUCACAUGGAUAUCGACAAAGUGGCCUUCACAGGAUCAACACAGGUUGGCAAAUUAAUCAAGGAAGCUGCUGGGAAAAGCAAUCUGAAGAGGGUCACCCUGGAGCUUGGAGGAAAGAGCCCUUGCAUCGUGUUCGCUGAUGCGGACUUGGACAGUGCCAUUGAGUUUGCACACCAAGGACUGUUCUAUCACCAGGGCCAAUGUUGUGUGGCUGCAUCCAGGCUCUUUGUUGAGGAGUCAAUUUACGAUGAGUUUGUGCGGAGGAGUGUGGAGCGGGCUAAGAAAUAUGUUCUUGGAAAUCCUCUGAAUUCAGGAAUCACCCAAGGCCCUCAGAUUGACAAGGAACAACAUGAUAAAAUACUUGACCUCAUUGAGAGUGGGAAGAAAGAAGGGGCCAAACUGGAGUGUGGGGGUGGACGCUGGGGGAACAAAGGCUACUUUGUCCAGCCCACAGUUUUCUCCAAUGUCACUGAUGAGAUGCGCAUUGCCAAAGAGGAGAUAUUUGGACCAGUGCAGCAAAUCAUGAAGUUUAAAUCUCUAGAUGAUGUCAUCAAGAGAGCGAACAACACUACAUAUGGCCUAGCAGCAGGGGUCUUUACGAAAGACCUUGAUAAGGCCAUAACCAUCUCUUCUGCUCUGCAGGCUGGGGUGGUGUGGGUGAAUUGCUAUAUGGUUUUAUCUGCCCAGUGCCCCUUCGGUGGAUUCAAGAUGUCUGGAAAUGGACGAGAGAUGGGUGAACAUGGUAUUUAUGAAUACACAGAGCUCAAGACAGUUGCGAUGAAAAUAUCUCAGAAGAACUCAUAAAUUAACAAGAAUAGAGAGACCUGCUUCAUCAAUGGCUAAGCAACUCCUACAGUCACUAAUACAGUGGAGUUUUGAUGCAACUUUCCUUUCAUUAACUUCUUAAGUAUAAGCAAAUCAUUAGUUUUAAUGAUAUACAUAGAAAACAUGUAGCUUAUUCUGAAAGAAUCAUUAUCCUUUCAAUAUGUGACCCCAGUCUCUAUCCUAAAUAAAGAGAAUGGAUUUGGAUGCAAAAUCUCUCUCUGUGAAUCGUGGUCAUGUGCUUUCCGUUGUAGCUACUUGUCUAGAAUAUUCCUUUGGGAAAGAGGACCAAUAGUCAUUUAGACUAUAUCCCUUAAUGAUUCCUUUAAUUACUCAACAUGCUUAUUAACUGCAGAGUAAGUUGCUCUGUUCCCAGUGGUUAUAUCUUUGGAGUGUUGUAAAAUGUUUCCUAGAAUGUCAUGUCUGCUGACUUGUCAAGUGAUAUAUCCAACUGUGAUUAAAAUGUAAAGCCUAAUAAAGAAUCUUGCAUGAUUUUGUA